GCUGGAUACCAUAGACGACAUGACAGAAGUUGCAAUCGAGGAUGAUUCGACCAAUGAAAUACUCUCAGUGACGGUUACUGAUGAGGCAAUCGAUGAGGGCACGAUACUGGUAGAAACGGCCAAGGAAGUACUUUCUGCGAAUGUCGAUGAUGGCAUAACUGACGAUGAUACCAAGCUGGUGCUGACAACAACGGAGGAUGACGGAACAAGUGAUGUCUCUGAGAUGAUCGAGGAAACCGAAGUUUCUGAAACCAUUGAAGAUACAGAAGACACAAUGCUGCUUGCAAUGAUCGAUGAGGACUCGAUCAUUGAAGUCUCCGAGAUUGUAGAUACCAGGGAUGAUACCACGCUGCUGCUUGGGACAACUGAUGUCGACAAAAGUGAUGAGGUCUCCACAACGCUGGUUGAGGCAAUGGAAGACAUCUGGCUUUCCACGCUGGUGCUUGGAAGGACAGAUGUUUGA